AUGGAUGCGCUGACCAGCGCGCUCCUGUCGAUGGACCCGAUGGCCGGGCAUGCAGCUAUGAAGACACUGCAGACGACGUGCGCCUUUGAGAGCCGCGACGAAUGCAUGGCCUGGACUGGGUCGCUCUUGACCUUUGCCGGGUGUGGCUAUCAGUUCCAAUUGCUACGGCGACUCCUUGCAGCAACAGGCGACGACGAAAGCGAUGCCUCAUGCUCGGAUAGCGACAGUGAUUGCGAUGACGAUCCGCGCGGUCGGUGGCUGCGCGCUGCGAUCACUGCCUACGCCGACCAGCUCGUGGCACUCUGCACCGCUGCAUCAACUUGCGCGACCACAACGCCCGGCGUGCUGUUUGAGUACCUGGCUUUUCUGCGCGCAGCGAUUCCUCUUUUGGGCGCGUCAGCGUUCGAGAUGGCGGCGUCCGUCGUGUCGCUGCUGCCGCUGCCGCAGCUACCCCAGUACCUUUGUGUCGAGUGCAUUGGCUUCCUCGACGACGUGGCAGCCACCAUCGAUGCUGACGAUGACCAUGACGUCAAAGCGACGGUCUUGGUGGAGUGCUCGCUAACGUUUCUAGCAUCGGCGUUUCCAACGCUGGUCGAGCUCGUGGUCGCAAGCUCGCCCGUCGUCGGCAUCACCUUCUUUGUCGGCGAAGCGAAGACGCCAGGGCUCCAGCGGCUGCUGCUCUUUGGCUUGCGCGUUCUGCAGCUAGGACUGCGCAUGGCACCCACGGCGGCCAUGCUCUCUGCGCUGCGUACAUUGUCGGAGAGCGCGGCCCGACCAGAGAGUUUGCGGCGUCUGCCUGCGCUGCGCGCCAAGCUCGUCGAGAUCGUCUCCGAAGAAGACGACGUCCUCAUUGGGGCUGCACUCUUUGCACUUGGUCUCUACGAUGCGCAUGGCUCUUCGCCGAUUGCCGAGGCGUUCCAUCCCGUCCUCGUCUUUGACUUGGUCUGCGCCACGAUUCACGACGACCAUUCGGUGCUCGUCGACUGGCUCACGUCCAACGAAACCGAAGCACUGGCGUACGUUGUGGCCUUCCUGCGCUUCCUCGACGCGUCUCCAUCUCCCGCGUGGCCAGCCACCGUGCGCGUCACCGCCAUCACACACGUCUUGGAAGCGACGUGUACGGAUCUCGACAAGUACCAGCGACACCACAUCAUCCCGUUCAACGUCGCCCCGCUCCUCCGCCGCCUGCGACGCGUUCUCACCAUAAUUCAGUCGACGCUAUGACACGGAUGCGACUCUUUCUGC